UUAGAUGUGGCAAACAUGAAUUCAUCAGUUGUUAACGGUUACUUUCGUGUCAGCAGUACUGUAUGCAUGACUUUAGCAUAUGUGGUUAUAUUCGUCCUUGGCUUCUUUGGUAACAUCUGUAUCAUUUACAUCGUGGUUUCUCGUAAAAGGAUGAGAACUAACUUCAAUUUCUUAGUCGUAAAUAUGGCGGUUGCAGAUCUCCUGGUUUCUCUCUUCCUCAUGCCGGUUGUGGUGAAAUUCUUGUAUACUGGCUCAUCCUGGAUCCCAGGGGCAGUGGGAAAAGUCACGUGUAAGUUUGUCAACUUCUUGGGGAGCCAGUCCAUUGCUGCGAGUAUCAUAACACUUGUUUUCGUGACAGUGGAUCGUUACUUCGCCGUUUUACAUCCACUUCGAGACAUUUGCUUCAUUCGAAGCACAAAACUAGUCACCUCUGUGAUAUGGAUCUCAUCUUCCCUGUAUUUUAUGCCGUAUCUCUUGCUCUUUGAUGUUGUAAAGAGUGCUGAUGGUUCUCACUGGGAAUGCAGAUUGGUUUGGAAUUUCUUUACCUCGGAUAUAAGUGUCCAGUUUUCUAUCGCCAAAGCCUAUUACAUGGCCAUCUUCUUGAUACUGUAUUUGGUUCCUCUUGUUGUCAUUGCAUGGGUUCAUGUUCUUAUUGGUCGACAUCUUUGGUCACACCAGAUCCCAGGGAAGCCAACAGCUCAUCAGAGACAUCAGAAUGAACUGUCAAAGCGCAAAGUACUGCGCAUGAUCAUCAUCGUGACGGUGACGUUUGCUUUGUGCUGGUUGCCAGCUCAUAUUCAGCAUUUAUUGAUUUUCUGUUUUAACAACACUUAUAUAGCUUUGCUUAAAGUUGAACACCUAACCUCCGGUUUAUUUUUCAUAUCACACGCCAAUAGUGCCAUAAAUCCUUGUCUGUUUAUUGGUUUAAACCAAAGAUUCAACGAUGAAUUCAGAGGAAUUCUCAGAUGUCUUUUCUGCCGAAAUUCCUUUCCCACGAGGAGAAGCUUUGGGACAGAAACACCUGUUGUUCUAACUCGCAUACGAAAGACUGUACGUCAAUGUAGUGCCACUGACCUUGAGGAUACCGUGGAACCGCUCAGACAGCAGAUCCCAGUGUUACAGUCCCGCAGAUGGGUGCUACAGGAAGAACUGGAUACUAGACACCAAUUCUCUUCGUCUUUUAAUGUAUCAUCGGUUCGUGAGCAGGAUGAAUCAUAA